AUGUCUCAUCAAUCCAUCCUCGCCUCAUCCGGACACAAGCACUUCAGCUCCUGUUCUGUAGCUUUACCUAAACAUUCCAGCUCUCACAACAUCUUAUCCCAUUCAUCGAAGCAUACAGGUCAUGGACACAAGGCUCAUUGCUUUAGCAGUGCAAGUGCCCAUAAUAUUGGUUCCAAGGGUCAUAAGGUCUCAGUUGGAAGUUUUCAUUCAGGGAAGAGCGGACAUGGAUCCGGGUUUGGCAUUGGUAGCAUGGGUCAUGGAUUUGGAGGAGUAUGUGGUAGAGGAGGAAUCACCAAUGUUACAGUCAACCAGGGUCUUCUGGCUCCUCUGAACUUGGAGAUUGACCCAAACAUACAGAGAGUGAGGACUGAAGAGAAAAAUCAGAUUAAGGGGCUCAACAACAAGUUUGCUUCCUUCAUUGACAAGGUGAGAUUUCUGGAGCAGCAAAACAAGAUGCUGGAGACCAAGUGGGCCCUUCUACAAGAACAGAAAACUGCCAGGUGUCAGAUUGAACCUCUGUUUGAGGCUUUUAGCAGUAACCUCAGGAGACAGCUGGAGAACCUGGAAUGUGAGAGGACUCGUCUUGAGGCUGAAAGAAAUAGCAUGGAAGGAACAGUGGAAGAACUGAAGAGAAGCUACGAGGAGGAAGUGAACAGACGUACGUCUGCCGAGAAUGAAUUUGUAUCUCUGAAGAGGGAUGUUGAUGCAGCUUUCAUGAACAAAGCCGAACUGCAAGCUAAGGCAGACUCUCUGACCGAUGAGAUCAACUUCUUGAGGACAUUAUAUGAUGCGGAGAUCAGUCAGCUCCAGGCUCAGAUCUCAGACACCUCCGUGGUCGUCUCCAUGGACAACAGCCGAGACCUGGACAUGGACAGCAUCAUUGCUGAAGUCAGAGCUCAGUAUGAGGAUAUUGCGAACAGAAGCAGAGCUGAGGCUGAGGCCAUGUACCAGUCACGGUUUGAGGACUUGCGCACGACAGCUGGAAGAAAUGGAAAUGAUCUGCAGAACAGCAAGAAUGAGAUCGCAGAACUCAACAGAACUAUUCAGAGGCUUAAAGGAGAAAUUGAAUGUGCUAAAUCCCAGCGCGCUGCCCUGGAAUCUGCUAUAGCAGAGGCUGAGGAACGCGGUGAAGCUGCUGUAAGAGAUGCCAAGAAUAAACUUACUGAACUGGAGGCUGCUCUACAGAAGGCCAAGCAGGACAUGGCUCGCCAACUGAGAGACUACCAGGAACUGAUGAAUGUCAAACUGGCUCUGGAUAUUGAGAUUGCCACCUAUAAGAAGAUGCUGGAGGGAGAAGAGCACAGACUUUCAUCCGAUGGCCAUGUUAAUAUUUCUGUUCUACACUCCAGCACUGGUGGAAAGCAUCAUUCAGGAGGAAAGUCCUAUGGUGGAAGUGGACACCAUCAUCAUAAAGGAGGAUUCAGCUCAAGCAGUCACAUCUCCAUUGGCAAGCAUCACUCUAGCCAUGGACAUGGACAUCACUGCUAA